CGUUUCUCUUCAAACCCUAAUCUCCUUAACUCACCAAUACCAAGUAAUUGCACUAAACCCGGUUUCCCAUUAGAGAAAAUCACCCUUUUAUUUCCUCUUCCACGUCCCAGCAGCAUUUGCUGCCACCCCUGGCUACUUCGAUCGGCACUAAUUACCCACUUUUCUUUUUCUUUUCAUUCUUAUAUAUAUAUAUAUAUAUAAAUAUAUAUCUUAUUAAAUACCUCUUUGGAUGCUAUCCCUUGGUUCUCUCUCCCAAUAAAUUUUUCUAUACAUAAAGGGAAAUUUAGUUUACUGGUGUGAUAUACAUAGCCCGGGUUUAAAGCAAGGAGUUGAGGAGGGAAUUAAAAGCUUUUUUUGGGGGGGUUCCGAGUGUUGCUUUCCUCUUGUGGUUUUUACUAGUUUGUUAUCUAGAGAGACGAACUAUUUGGUUAUCUUUCUUGCUUGGUGUUCCUUCUAGGGGUUGGGGUUGAGGAGAGGUUGCUUUUAAGCUUUGAAAGACAUGUCGAGCUGCAUCGAAGUUGUGCCUGAGCAACUCUGCUAUAUCCCUUGCAACUUUUGCAACAUAGUUCUUGCGGUGAGCGUUCCAUGCAGCAGUCUGUUUGAUAUAGUGACAGUCCGAUGCGGGCACUGCACCAAUCUAUGGUCCGUUAACAUGGCAGCCGCCGCAUCUCAGUCACUGUCAUGGCAAGAUAUUCAGGCACCCAAUAAUGCAAUAGAGGAUUAUAGGAGGGAUUUGGGUUCCUCAUCGAAAUGCAGCCACAACAAGUUGUCAAUGCGACCUCCUCUGCCUAACAAUGCGACUGAGGAAAGGGUAGUGAACCGACCUCCCGAGAAGAGGCAGCGAGUACCUUCUGCAUACAACCGCUUCAUUAAAGAGGAGAUUCAAAGGAUCAAGGCCAACAAUCCAGAUAUCAGCCACAGAGAAGCAUUCAGCACUGCUGCUAAGAAUUGGGCACACUUUCCUCAUAUCCAUUUUGGGCUGAUGCUGGAAACCAACAACCAAACUAAGAUGAAUAAUGCCUAAGAAGAAGGCAAUAUGGUUUGAGAUUUGAAGUUUGAAGUGAGGAAAAGUGUUGAUCAAUGCUUUUAAGGAUAUAUCCUUAGUUUUAUUUGUCUUGGAUUGUUUGCUACUAAUUUUCUUUCAUCCUUUUCCAACUCAACAUAUAUAUUUUAUUAUAAUUUAUAUUAUAAGAGAAUGUAUGUUAUCUAUCACUUAAUUUUUUUAAAGUUUUAUUUUAAUUAUCAAAA